AAACGCGCGCGGACUCUGCCCCGGUAAGGAGCGCGAUGCCGUCCCCUCUCUCAGCCCCGUCUCCACCUCCCCGGCUCUUGCUUCUCGCCCGUCCCGGCGCCCGCGGGACGGAGCAAAAGUUUCCUCGUCGCCUCUCCCGGAUCGGGAGCGCUCCUCUGACCGGCAUUAACCCUUUCGCUCCGCUGCGCAGCUGUCAUACCCCUGGCCCGAGUUUCGCUGUUCAUCCCCUCUUCCCCUUCAACGCCGAGGGUCCGGCACUGUCGCACUGCUCGCCCCGACCGCGGCCAGGACGGGGCACGGGGCCGGUCCGGAGCGGCGGCGGCCGAAAGGAGGAGGGGGCUGUGUAUUGCCGCGACCUCCGCCCCAGCCUCGUCGGGCUGUGCCUCCCGGGAGGGUCCGUCCCGGGGGUCGCCGGGGGUCUCCCCCGAACCCGCAGUUAGUCAGCCCUUAACCUCUUUCUCGGAAAAUCGUGCGCUUUCAGUCUUCGUGUUUCGUUUUUCCCGGAGGAGGGGUGUGAAUUUCCUAGUAGCUGCGCAUCCAAAAAGGAAAAAUGAAGGGAUUUUACGCCGGAUUGAGCGUUAUUCUCAGCUACCGGCGAAGGCACAGAUUUUGGUUCCUCAGGAACCUUAAGAAAAGAGCCCGACCCUAAUACAUGUUCGAGGAUAGGUUAGAUAACAGUGCUUCUGUCCUGAACAGACAGAGGGGCUGAAAGGACUUGCUGAAACUAUUCUGCUAGGCUCAUAUCCACUGCUUUGGGAUACUAAUUCUAGGACGUACCAUCAAAAUCAAAAAGGAUAGAAUAUCUUUUAAAAAAAUACUUAUUUAUUUCCCAUGCUCCUUUUCUGGUUUGACCCCCAGGAACAUGUUGCAGUGCUUUGUACAGGGCUGCUGCUGCUACAGUGAUGCUGGCAGGAUGUCGGCUUUCUCAGCCUUCCAUGCCAAAGGAUAAGGGGACGUCAGGAGGACGCGGGGGGGGCCAGGUUGUUUUGAAAGUUGUUUGUGUGUUGAAAGCCGGUGGGAAAGUUCAGGCUUCCCCAUUUGGAAGAGGCAAGGCUGGGUUCCGCUCUUCCAACAUGCGCUUUCCAUUUUUAGCUUCAUUCAGACGCAGACAGCAGUUCCUUUCCUCUUCCUCUCCUUGUUUGUGUGACACUUUUCUGAGGCAGCUUUUCCACAGGCGACUAAGUGGUCUCAUGGCCAUGACCCCACAUUUUCUUCAGCACGGAAUAUUAUUUUCUCUCUGAAGCAUUAAGGAAAGGGUCUGAAAAAGGUAAAGUGGUUGUCACAGCCUAGGGAUUUUCUCCUCUUUGUUUUUGUUCCCUCGUUACUACCGAGACUGGCAUUUUAAAGUGCUGCUUCAGUCAGAGCAGCUUCGUUUACACUGCUUUUUGGCUAUUACUCAACUGUACCAACUAUCCCGCAUACGCUUUUAAAGUGUCACAGACUACUGUAUUAGUCACACUGUAUCAACGGAAACCACAACACUGAAGGACAAUGAGGAUUAAAGGCUGUUUUCUUUUUUUCCAGGCUGCUACACAGUGUAGCUUGGACGCUGUGAGUUUCAAGAAUCUGGUGAAAGGGAGAGAGUGGACAAUGAAAAUGGACAUGGAGGAUGCUGACAUGACUCUGUGGACAGAGGCUGAUUUUGAAGAGAAGUGCACAUAUAUUGUAAAUGAUCAUCCGCUGGAUCCCAGUGCCGAUGGAGGCACCCUAACUCAGGCAGAGGCUUCCUUGCCAAGGAACUUGACUUUCAAAUAUGCAUCUAACUGCAAAGAGGUCACUGGAGUGAUAAGCAAAGAGUACAUCCCAAAAGGAACACGCUUUGGACCCCUGGUGGGAGAGAUCUAUACCAGUGAUACAGUUCCCAAGAAUGCAAACAGAAAAUACUUUUGGCGGAUCUAUUCAAGUGGUGAACUUCACCACUUCAUUGAUGGAUUUAACGAGGACAAGAGCAACUGGAUGCGUUAUGUAAACCCUGGCUACUCUGUUCAGGAGCAGAACUUGGCUGCUUGUCAGAAUGGAAUGAACAUCUACUUCUACACCAUCAAGCCCAUCCCUGCCAACCAAGAGCUGCUUGUGUGGUAUUGCCGAGACUUUGCAGAGAGGCUGCACUAUCCCCCCUCCAGAGAGCUGACAAUGAUGAACCUCACACAAACGCACGUUAAUCCAAAGCAGCACAGCACUGAUAAAGAUGAGCUUUAUCAGAAAAGCGUCCCAAAGAAGGAGCACAGUGUGAAAGAAAUCCUGAAAAUGGAAUCCAAUCCUCCUAAAGGAAAAGACUUCUUUCAGACCAACAUUUCACCAGUUACUCCAGAAAAAGACUUGGAUGAUUUACGUAAGAACUAUAGCCCGGAGAGGUGUUUCUUCCCUCGAGUUGUCUACCCGAUCCGACCUCACAUUCCUGAAGACUAUCUGAAAGCUUCCUUAGCAUAUGGCAUGGACAGACCCAGCUACAUUACUCACUCACCCAUCCAAGCAUCUACUACACCAAGUCCUUCCGGGAGGAGCAGCCCAGACCAAAGUUUAAAAAGUUCAAGCCCUCACAGUAGUCCGGGGGUCACAGUUUCACCUCUGGCACCAACUUCCCAAGAGCACAGAGAGCCAUACCCUUACUUGAAUGGAUCAUAUGGCUCAGAAGGAUUGGGGUCUUAUCCUGGAUAUGCACCUCCUGGCCACCUCUCACCUGCCUUUCUACCGUCCUAUAACCCCCAUUACCCCAAAUUCCUGUUACCUCCAUUCAAUAUGAGCUGUAAUAACCUGAGCGCUUUGAACAAUAUCAAUGGCAUCAACAAUUUCAAUCUCUUCCCAAGGAUGUACCCUCUUUAUGGCAACCUGCUCAGUGGAGGUAGCCUUUCCCACCACAUGCUCAACCCCACCACGCUCCCCAGCUCAUUGCCCAGUGAAGGAGGCCGUCGACUGCUGCAGCCUGAUCAUCCAAGAGACUUCCUCAUACCAGCACCCAACAGUGCCUUCUCUAUCACGGGCGCUGCUGCCAGCAUGAAGGACAAGCCAUGCAGCCCUACCAGUGGGUCCCCCACCGCUGGUACAGCAGCCAGUUCAGAACACAUAAUGCAACCUAAACCUACCUCAGUGGUGUUGGCUGCCACCGGCGGUGAAGAAGCCAUGAAUCUCAUUAAAAGUAAGAGGAAUGUGACCGGUUACAAAACCCUCCCAUACCCACUGAAAAAGCAGAAUGGGAAGAUCAAGUACGAAUGCAAUGUUUGCUCCAAGACCUUUGGCCAGCUCUCCAAUCUGAAGGUGCACCUCCGAGUACAUAGUGGAGAGAGACCAUUUAAAUGCCAGACUUGCAAUAAGGGCUUCACGCAGCUGGCUCACCUCCAGAAGCACUAUCUGGUACAUACAGGAGAAAAACCCCACGAGUGUCAGGUUUGUCACAAGCGGUUCAGCAGCACCAGCAAUCUCAAAACCCACCUGCGGCUCCACUCUGGAGAGAAGCCUUACCAGUGCAAGCUCUGCCCAGCCAAAUUCACCCAGUUUGUGCACCUGAAGCUGCACAAGCGUCUCCACACUCGGGAACGCCCCCAUAAAUGCAUCCACUGCCACAAGAGCUACAUUCACUUCUGCAGCCUCCAGGUCCACCUGAAGGGCAACUGCCCCGUCGCCCCGGCCUCCGGCCGCUCCAUGGAGGACCUGAACCGAAUCAACGAGGAGAUCGAGAAGUUCGACAUCAGUGACAAUGCUGACAAGCUGGAAGAAGUGGAGGACAAUAUCGACUUAACAUCCAUCGUGGAGAAGGAUAUACUGACCAUGCUCAGGAGGGAAAUGGAAGGAGCUAACCUGAAAGUCUCUCUGCAGAGGAACCUGGGAAAUGGGCUUAUCUCCUCAGGAUGCAACCUUUACGAGUCGUCAGAUAUGUCAGUUAUGAAGUUGCCUCACGGUCACCCACUACCUCUGUUACCUGUAAAGGUCAAGCAAGAAACAAUUGAACCAAUGGACCCUUAAGACUUUUUGGCAAAGUGAUUUUUUUUAUUUAUGACUUGGCAAGUCAGGGUGCCUGUAGCAGUUGCUUGUACAUAGUUUCAGUGCUGCAAAGCAAUCUUGGCUUACAGUAGUUUCCCUACGCUCUCCAGCUGAAAGAAGGAACUCCAAAGUUACUGUUUUCUCAGGGCAUAAAAAGGGGCAAAGGACUCUGCAUUGCCUCGCCAGUUACUAAGAGACAAUCAUUUAUCCAUAAUUAUUUUUUCAAUGAUAGUACUUCAUAAUUUAUUAUGCAAUUAAUCAUUCUAAAAGCAAUAAUUAGGAAAAUGUUUACAAUGACUGGAAAAAUUCAUUGUAAUUUUUACUUUAAAUGUUUUUAUUUUUUGUUUUAUGGGCCAUUCUUUGUAGAUAUUUUUUUUCUGCACAUCUGUUUUAAGAACCUAAGAUUAGGGUUUCAGUAAAUGUGUUUUAUGUACCAAUGUCUUUUAAACAAAUGUGGUUUUUCAUAUUGCCAAAGUUGGACAUGUGACAUACGGAAUCCUAGAUCAGUUGGUUUGAAAAAAAAUGCUGUGUACUUUCAUGAGCAAAUCACCCCAUUGGGAAUUGAAAAGGAGAAAAAAAAUAGCAAACCCAGAGUAGCAGCAAGCAGGGAAGAAACUUUUUCUCCUGCCUCUCUGAGGGGAGGAGAAAGAUUCUUGUACCUGCAGCUCUCCCUGGAACAGAUGUGGCACAGCAAACACCGACCUGCCAUGGACAAUACCACAGGUUUUUAGAACACAGCUCCAGCCCCACGCAUUAUCAUGUAACUUUUAGACCAAAGGAACACAUGAGCUUAAAGUGGCUUUUCCAAAAUAAAAUCUCACUUACAUUCUUUUUUUUUCCAAAAGCAGUUUAAAAGCAAAGACACAAAUAUUAUUCUGCCUAAAAGGGGGUAUAGGCGGAUUUCUUUCUUCUGAUUUUUGUUUUAUUUUGGGGUUUUUUUUGGCCAGAGCCUUCCAGGGAUAAAAAAAAAAGAGAUGGUCAUAUUCCCUGAGUAAGAAGGGGUUCAGUUUUACUUGUAUUUUUCUCUCCCACUUUGCCUGGGUAGAAGUGGGGAACAAAGUCCUUUCCUGGCACAUAAUUUUUUUCUUCCUUCCUGUACGACUCAGAUUUUUCUCAGUAUUUGUGUUUGUACAUUUUGUGGUUAAUUUAAUUAAAGAAGAAAAGGGCAUUGCAAAGUUGUUGAACAACAAUUACCUCAGUGCUUGUGUCCAGUGGUGCAGACAAUGCUGUUUUACCUAAAUGCUUUGCUACUUUAGAGAAGAAACCAAAAUGUGCACAGGGAAAGAUAGAAUGCACGUCCUUUUAUCUUUUUGUUUUGCUAAGCCCAAAGAUGAUAUGGUGACGUUUGAGGUGUAGCAAAGAAUACAUGUAUAUUUAUAGAUAUAUUUAUACCACUAUACGAUAUAUGUAUAUGUAUAUAUAUUUAUACCACUUAAGUUGUGAGCCAAACCAUGUAAUAAAACCUAUUUUUCAUCUAAGUGUGAAAAUCAAAUGUUAUCCCAGUUCUGCAAAUAACCAAUGACCUCAAAACCAGAAGGUUGAACCAAGGCAUUUAUCACUUGCAAAUACACAUGCACAGCUGAACUUGCAAACACGUGAAUGACAUCAUCAUGCAUCCACGUGUGGCAUCUCAGUGAAUUUGGUGGGAAUUACCCUGUUUGCAGGCCAGGGCUCCUUCAGUCCCCCGCUCUCCUGGCAGUCUGCACUGGGGGGGAAGGAGGCUGGUGGUCAGUCAACAGCCAGCCAGAAAAUGUAACUGAAAGAACUUGAAAUGAAGCCAAAUACGACCCGUGUGUGAUGUGGUCACAAAUCACAGUAAGGGCAGCAUGGAAGUCAGGCGGGACAAGGCCCUUGUCUCAUUGUGCCCUGCCACUAACGAGUUGCACAGUCAACUCACAAGAACAUUAUUAGCAUUAUUACACACCUCCCCACCAUGUAUCCCUUUUUGUCUGGUUAUGUUUCUAAAAAUUUUUUUAGAAGUCCACCUCAACAAUUCAGGAUUUGGUGGUCUUUUUUUUCCAGCAAACUUCAUUUUAAUGCCUUCUGUUAAAAAACCCCAAACAAUCCUGAAAUACAAGUCUCUAAACAAACCUUUUGAAGGACUCCAGUUCAUUACAUUUCCACUCCUGCAAAUUGUGAGGCUGACAUCUUUUAAAUGUAGCAAUAGUUCAUAAAUAUAGUACUUAAUUGUAGGAUAAACCAAAGUAUCACUACUCUGUCACUGGACACACACUUUUCCUAUUAUUGCCUGUAGUGCUUUCUUGUAUUUGAUACAAAAUUUACAAGAAUUUAUAUGCAUCAGCUUUAAGAAUUGUUACUUCUCUUUAUUGUUUCCCCCUUCCCUUAGACGUUUUACAUGUGAAUGUAGCAACAAUCAACAGUGUUUUUGGGGGUUUUUUUGUCUCUCUUAAGAAAGACUCUGACCAAAGUUAACAGGCUUUUUACUUUGCUAGAACAACAAACUAUUAUAUGUUUACGUAUUGGUUUACAUCAUUAUUUAUGUGCAAAUUGUCAAAUGUAAAUUAAAUAUAAGUGUUCAUUGCUUUACUGAUGCUUCCCUUGUCUUCAAUCUCUCUGCACCAGCUGGGUGGUUGUGGCCCCAGUGCUGGUACACUGAGGGUAGUGGUGUCUUCAGCAAUGCUGUCCCUGCCCUUGUGGGUUCUGAUUUUCCUUCACUGAAAGGUGCAAACAGUGAUGCCAGAACUGAAUACCCUGGCUUCGUUUUUUACAGAAGUUUCCUCAAUUUCAGCCAGUACCUUUUUUUAGGAAAAAAAAGCCAAGAAUUUUCAGUGUUUCAAUGGAAAUGCUUGAAUGCUAUCUGCCUCAGAGAUACAUGACCAGGGUUCUCAUUUACAUUUUUCCAAAUGAUUGUCAUUUCUGGCCUGAAACCCUAACCACCAGGACCACAAUGACACACUCAAAAUGUCAGUGUGAGACCACUUAGUCCUGUCUCAGCAUGGUGGGAACUGCAUUCAAAACAAAUGUGGAUCUGGUGUAAGUGCUCACAGAGGAGAUGUGAACACUGCACUAAAUCCAGGGGAAGGUCAAGUGUCUGCCCCUCCCUCCCCACCUCAGCCCAAGAGUAACAGCAGGCCAGGAUGCCCCAGAAAGCCUAAUUCAACAUUUGCUACUUCCAUCAUUUACUGUGAGAUCUAAACCAGAGAGGCCAUGUGCUGCCCUGCCCUACCUGAAUGUUAAAGAAAUAACGUUCCUGCACAUAUUGAGACACUCAGCGCCGUAUGAUGUUUUAAAAGUAUUUCACUGUCCUCUUAAAAAAAUUCAUUUAAACAUCUGUCUCAAGAAUUUGAAAUACUGCCAACACCGAACUGUGGAGUUAAGAAAACCAGAGCACUGUUGUCAUAAAUGUGCCAAAUGCAGCAUGUUAUAUUCCUAUAUUCGACAGAGCUAUUGCUGUAAUAAUUUUUAAAAAAAAACAUAGGAUAACCAUUACCGCCAUAAAUCAUACUUCAUUACUUGGCAAAGCGUUACGUUGUGCUGGAGAGUUAUGUCCUGGGGACACUUGUAAGCUUUAGAAGAUGUUUAAUAAAACACAUUACAUAAAAAGACAAUGCACGUUAUAGAUCACAGCCUCGCUAGGCCGAGCGUGGCAGCUGCUGCCUUGGUUCCUGGCAGCCCCCAAGCCCCGGGAGCCGCUGAGGGCCUGGGGGCUCCAAGCAGUGCUACAGUGGGAUUCAGCCAUGGCAACACCACCACCACCCGGUCAGACAACCACAACAGCCUUAGCAAGGGGCUGGGGGGAAAGCUCAUCAGUUUGGGAGCUGCCACAAAUGCGGCCCUGCAAGACCGCAUGCCCCGGCACAGGGCCGCUGGCGGCCUGUGGGCAGGUGGGCCUGAUGCCCAUCUUGCGGUGUCAGUGGGAAAAUUCUGAGGGGCUGAACGUGUUGGGCAGUGUGGCCUUGCCAGCUGAGCUGCUUCGCCACAGGACAGGGCGAAUUACAGCUGAGAUAGACUUAAGCGUGGAUUUAGGGAGGAUGCUGCUGCCCCUCUGGCUGGUUUAUAAAGCCCAGUGCUUCUCGGCUGGGUACUGGGAGACACCGCUAAUUCCCAGUGAGGGCAAUUAUGGCCUUGAGGUCAAAAAUGAAAAAUAUGACUCACUGAGGGGGUAUGAGCCCUUUGGGUUCCAAUCAGUGUCUGCCAGUGCACGGCCGCGUCUCAACACGUGCUGGGACUGUGUGGGAUGCGGCCCAGAACGUUUGCUGUCAUUCAGAGGUGUUACAUUAGAGUAAGGGAAAUAGUUGUGGCUGUAAUUAAAGGCAGCCAGGAAACACUUGUCUAAUUACUGCAUGAGCCGGAGCUGAGUGGAUGCGGUGCGGCUGAGGAAUGUGCCCAUCAUGGGGCAGGUAUCUGCAAAACACAGGCUGUCACAGUGGCUAAAGAAAAACUCACUGACAACAUCAAAGCAGCCGCCCUGGCACUGACAGGGAGGUUUCCCUCCUCUGUGCAGGGCUGGGGUAGGCUGGCAGGGAAAAGGCAGCUGCCUGGCCUGGGAUGUGGGGAGCAUAGGUUGACUUUUUGGUAACUUCAACACAGUCUCACCUGAACAGCAGAAAAACAAGAGCUUUUGUCAAAGAUGUGGCACUUCCCAAAAUCACAAGUGUUUAAUUUUUCAUGAGAUGUUGAAACAGACCCAUCCUACAACCAGCAUGUCUGCUGCCCUUCCCAUUCUCCCCAUAGACACAUGGAAGAGCUGGCAAAGAGCACAUUUGCACACCAGUGAAGGCCACCUUUGUACCAACUGCCCUCAGUUUCUGACACACUGCAUGACUCUGCUGUCAUCCAUUUUUAAGAGAUUGGGGAAGAUUUCCCAGCAAUUCUCCGGGCAGAGAUCUCUAAAAAGAGAUGCCAGGCCCUUGAGGAAAGGGAGAUGCACACUCAGAGCUCUCUCUUCCCUGUGAGCUGUCAGCCAGGCACCUUGGUGGUGCUGAAGCCAAGCCCUUCCUUCCUUCCUUCCUUCCUCCUCCUCCUCCUCCUCAGCUGCACGCAGAGAGAUGGUUGGAAUGCCAAACCACUUAGGUAGGUGUGACCAAAUAGCCCUAUUGAAGGGAGCAAAACCAGUAUGACUUCCUUAUUGUGCAAUGAUUAAUAAAGGCUUUCAGCUCUUUUUCUCCAUUAAUUGUGAAUAAGCAAGUCCUUGAUCAUUUCCUUAUCCAUGGACCGAGUGAGAUUCCUUACAGCAUUCCUGCCCCAAAGUGGCCACACUGUGCUGGGAAGAGAAACAAUUCCUGCAAUAUUGAAACCACACAGCAAAAUCAGAGGCUGAAAACCUCUUUCCCAGUUCACCUGCGCUGAGGACAGCUGACACAAUGUGAUACCAGUCUUGGGGUUAGGGAGACCCAAUGCUCCUGCCUUUACCUGUUAAGUUUUACACAAACUUAAAAGCAGUGGUCAGCUUUUGGGCAGGAAGAGGAGUGUGGCAGGCAGCAUUUUGAAUGUGAUUUCUUGGAUAUUAUAGUUCCUAGUCUCCCUUGAGCUUUCCUAUGGCAAAAUUUUCUAUGUGAGAACUGUCCCUCUGUGAACCCCAGGAAACAUUUUUUCCCCACCUUCACCUUCUUGGUCUACCUUGUGUAUUGUGAUGACCUUUUGUUUUUACAGAACAGGUUCUGUACAUCUUUACAGACCAGAUCUGCUCUUCUUGUCAGCCUCAAAACUCCUUGCAGAAGGGCUUUACUAAGAGGGAGAAGUUUGGUUCUUCCGGCCAUGCUGGAGCCAUGUCCCUAGGUGGGGACCCAGUUAACCAGGCUGGGUGGUGUCCCAGAGAGGUCUCUACUCUCAACCAGUCAUGAAAAAAACAGAAGUUAAAAAAUGCUGUAGAAACUGCAACCAGGUGCUAAGGGGAGCAAGAAUACAUGAAAAGUGAAAAUUUGCCUUUUUAAUAAGCCGUUACAAGUAAGUUGGGUGUUUAGGAGGGAUCAUGUGCUGGUGCUUGUAGUCAUUCAGUGAAGAUUUGGUGUUGUGUGCAUGUUUUUAAUGAGACUAGAGGGUGCAGAACAGGGCUCCUUUUCUAACCUAUAUUACAGCAAUUUGUGCAUGUCUGUAGCUGUGGGUGUUAUGUGCUUUCUACUCUGAGUGGUAAGUUUCAGUUUGAUUCUGCUCUCGAGAGCUGUGGGGACAGUUUGCACUCGCCUUAUCAAUGCAGAAUCCAAAUUGCUUCACAGUGCACCCAGCCCCCUGACACUGCAAACUGAGAAAAUACACUUUAAGCACAGAGAAACGAGAGAGGUGACAACCAAAGGGCUUUUUCUCAGCAGAGCAUCCCAAUUUGCCAAAACCCUCACAACCCAGUCGGUGGAGCAAUAAGCCACCUCAAGAGCCACAGCCUCGGUGCCACCCUGAGAGGCCCUAGACAGGCCCAAGCUAGCAGAGCCAGGAUCCCAGGGCUGGGGCUCUUUUCCUACAUCCGCUUUGCCCUAACAUCCUGCCUCAGCCCCAUUCCCUUGCACUGGUGUCCCAGUACUGGGGGCACAGCCUGGCAGAUACAAACUGGGCAGCUGCAGGAUGUGCUUGCCCAUCCCCAUUCCUCCCUGGGCAGGCCCUGAGCAAGACUGGCCACAAGUCCCUGACCAAAAUUGUGCUCAUGAUUAGAGAUGGCAGCAAUGGAAGGGCAGGACAGGUACAUCCAUGGCCCUUGAAAAGCAGCUUUAGUUUUGCUCCAAAGGCUUGUGGUCUCAACAGUAAUACCUGUGCCCAGUGUGCAUCGAUUUCCAAAUGAGCAUUGGUGUCUUUACAAGUGUUUGCUAUAAACACCCAGCUUUUAGACUACACACCAAUGUCUGUACUGGCUGUCCUGCUGUACCUACCUGGGCUGUGACUGAGAGGAGCUGUUUACGAGGAGUUCAGCACAGCUCCAGGGGGACAGCCCAGUUCCCAUUGCCCUCCUUGGGAGCCACAUGCCACAAAUCACUGUGAGACUGUUCAUAAAACACCCAAGUAUUUCUAAGAUGAAGUUAUGACCUACAUAGCAACUAUAUGUAGAUUUCCUUUCUCCCUCACAUCUACUUGAGUUUGUAAUCCCCUCCAGAUACAAUAUUCAGGAAUGACUGCAUUGUUUGCUGCACUGUUGUUGGUCUUGCUUGACCUCAAAAAGCAGCCUAGCAGAUGAGGUGGAGCAGUGGCUGCAGGUGUGAGUGGCUCAAGAGCUGCUGAGCAUGGGCAGCAUGGCUCAAGCCCUUCUGCAGUGUAGGGCAGAAUUAUCCUUACCCUUCUAGAGAGCACCCAACAGAGAGGCAGGCUGAGGAGAAGAGGGGACAAACCUUAGUGGAGGCAGAGUGCUCUCCAGUUUCCUUCAAAAUCUUAGCUACUCAUCCAAAAUGAGAAGGCUGGAAAACAAGGGCCCUCCCUGACCAUUAAACCCAUUUCCUGAAGCAGCACACACCCCUGCAAAACACUCUAAGUGCCUUGUUAGACUUGAACACGCUAAAUCUCAGUUCUUUGCCACUGGUCUCUUGCCCAUUAUCUCCUUCUGCAUUCAUUAGCCGCAAGGAAAUGCCUCACCCCAUGUGAGUCUGACUUCAAAAAUAUAUCAAGAGAUGGACUCAGACACAGACUUCAGUCACAGGGGUUCUCAUUUACCCCAGAUUCAGGUUGUUUAAGUGUGGGAAUACCAGUUGAUGCCAUUCUUACUACAUUUUUUAAAAACUGAUUUUCAGUGUAAUUAUUUAGAUCAAUCUAAACACUAAGGCAGCGAUGAGUAUCUACACAGGGGAAUAUAUCCAAGAUCAAGCUUAUCUAAAAAUGGAGGUUUAAAGACAAACUUUUUAAUCUAAAAACUUCAAUACUUCAAGGCCAGAGCUAAGCAAUGAAAACAAGGACCCUGCAGCUAAGAUGGCUGUGCUCUGGUUUUGGCACCUCCACUAACUAGUAGUGAGGUCUGGAACAUGUCAGUUGACCUUCCCAUACAGCACCCAACUCAUUUGUAGAAUAGGUACAAGACUUGUUCAGGCUGUGGUGUAGGACUAAUAUUUGUACCUUGUUUUGAGAUCCUCUGAUCUGUAGCUGCACACAGUUUGUUGUUCAUAGAGAGAACAAGUUGCUUACAGUACUAUCUGCAAUAUCAUAAUAUUUAGAAAUCCUCACUUAUGGGCUAUGACUACCCUGAACUCAACACAAACUCUCUCUGCCCAAAGGACCUCACAAACAAAGCACUAUUAAAAACCCAAAAAACCACAGUGGCUAGGUGCACAGCUUAAAUUUCCAUUUUCUCUCAGCAUUUUCCCACGAGGGCAUUGCAUGUGAGAGCACACAACAGAGAGUCAGAUCACACCCGGAUCGGUUGCCCUGGCAUGCCAUUUGGCAAUACAAGAAUGACAUAAAUUAAAGUGAAACCUCUUCACCUCAGCCCAAGUGAAAAUGUGAAGAGCAAGGAGGGGGUUGAGGAGGAAGGGGAGAUAUUGAUCCAUAUCUACUCAACAGUCAGACCAGUGGUGUGGUGGCAACAAAAGACAUGCCUUUGCUUUUUCAGUAACUAAUAAUCUAUAGAGAACCAUUUCCUUUUCUGCUGUUGAGAUAACACAUUCACCAUCUCAGCUUCAUGCAAAUAAUUCAUGCCUCUGCUUACCCAAUUUACCUCUCUGAUGCAGACACAAGGGCAGAAACCCCCCACCCGCACUGACUGACAUGCUGCACUGAAAAAAGAGCCAUCUCACCCAGAACUUUCUGAAAUGCAUAAAUCAUUAGAGAAUAACUGCACCAAAUGCUCUGCAGGAGACACAUGGCUCCAUAAGAUUAAAUGGGUUAAUUUUGCUGGUCUUCAGUCCUGCCUCUGACUCACAUGUGCUUUGCAGGCUGGAACUGACAUUAUCCAAAGAAAGGCAUUUGGUAUCUCUGCACACAGACCACAGCUGGUCAACAACUCAUCCCAGAUUUAAACAUAAUGUAUUAACUCUCAUCUGUUGCCAGAAAUUAAUAUUACAUGCUAUUAAAAGCCUGGGCCCCCAGACGUGUGCUGAACUGAGGGGGCCUUCACAUCACUUGGAAACAAACAGGUACCAGGUUGGACAUGUGUCUGCAUUGAAUGGAAACCUUGUUCUAAUCAAAAUGCUGACACCACUUUCACUGGCUCACACACAUUCACCUCUCUCCUCCAUUACCGCACUGCAAGCAAAGUUCAAAUGUCAAGCACCAAAAAAAAGGGACAGAAUUAAUUAAGCUUGUCCACACAUAGCUUCAGGAGCAGCCCUUGCUUGCAGGAUAACACACUGGUUUUCCC